AACAGGCCCAAUGAAGAAGUACGCAGUAGAGCGCGAGUGCGACUACCUACAACCGUUCGCCUUCCAGUCAACCAGUACAAAAACCCUAAAACCUUCCGGCGAUCGAAGCAAAACGGAAAAUACCAAAAAUGGGGAAGAUCCCGUCGUCGUUUCGCUCUCUAACGUCGACGCAACUGAUCAAGAAACCCACCGCAUCUCCUCCCCCGCGAAACUCCCAAAACAGAAUCACCGGGACUCACGACUCCCCGAAACCUCCCCAGACCACUCCCUCGAGAAACCCUUUCAAAUCCCCAAACCUCUCCUCCGCCAAGUCCCUCUUCAACUCAAUCGCCGCCACCUCGAAAAUCCCCCUCGACACCAAGUUCCACAACUCCGUCCUCCAAUCCUACGCCUCCAUCGCCACCGUCGACGACGCUGUCAAGCUCUUCCACCACAUCCUCAAAUCCCAGCCCAGUUUCUCCCCGGAGCCGUCCACCUUCAACAUCCUCCUCUCCCACGCCUGCAAAUCCCCCGAUUCGCCUCUCUCGAACGUCCACCGAGUCCUCAACCUCAUGGUGAACAGCGGCGUCGAGCCUAACAACGUCACCACCGACAUCGCGGCCCGGUCCCUCUGCGAAUCGGAUCGGGUCAGCGACGCUAAAGAUCUGGUGAUGGAGCUCUCCGAGAAGCACUCCCCUCCGGAUAUGUUCACUUAUAACUACCUUCUCAAGCAGCUCUGCAAGUUCGAAUCGUUAAACGCUGUUUACGAGUUUAGGGAUAAGAUGAAGAAGUCGUUUAACGUGAAGCCGGAUCUUGUUAGCUACACUAUCUUGAUCGAUCAUGUGUGUAACUCCAAGAAUCUAAGGGAAGCGAUGAAGCUAGUUAGCGAUCUUGGUGCUGAUGGUUUUAAGCCGGAUUGCUUUGUGUAUAAUACUAUUAUGAAAGGGUUUUGCACGUUGAGCAAAGGGAGCGAGGCGGUUGGUGUUUUCAAGAAGAUGAAGGAGGACGGUGUUGAGCCUGAUCGUAUCACUUACAAUACUUUGAUAUUUGGGUUGUCGAAGUCAGGGAGGGUUGAGGAGGCGAGGAAGUAUCUGCAGACUAUGGAUGAAGCAGGAUACGAGCCUGAUGCUGUAGCUUACACGGCGCUGAUGAAUGGGAUGUGUAGGAAAGGAGCGAGUUUGGGUGCGUUGAGUUUGUUAGAAGAGAUGGAAGCGAAAGGGUGUGCUCCUAACGAUGUCACUUAUAAUACUUUGCUUUAUGGGUUGUGCAAGGGGAGGUUGAUGGACAAAGGGAUUGAGUUUUAUGAGAUGAUGAAAUCAAAGGGUUUGAAGCUUGAGAGUUACGCUUACGCCACGCUUGUGAGGGCGCUGGUUAGAAGUGGGAAGGUCGCGGAGGCGUAUGAAGUUUUUGAUUAUGCAGUUGGUAGCAAAAGUUUGAGUGAUGCUUCUGCGUACGCUACGCUUGAAACUUCCUUGAAAUGGGUGAAGAAGGCGAAAGAACAAGGAUUGGCUGACUGAAUGGGAAGAUACUGUUAUCUUCAUCGAACAAGCAGCCAAGUGCAGAGUAUUGUGACUGUUUCAGUUAAAUUACAACCAAAUAAUUGAGGGGAGGGGACAAUAAAACAGAGGACAAAGUUGGUGGAAUCAUAUAGAAGAUUUUUCAGAAAGGACAAGUGGUCAACAUUCUUGUAUUAGUCAAUUAUUUGGCGAAUGAAUAAACGCUUAUUGUUUAUUUUGUUGUUUUCUGUCAUAUUUGAUUGUAUAGUGUUUUCAUGUUCCUUCAUCUAAA